UUUUCUGGCCAACGGAACAACAGCCGACAACCACGACAUUUUGCGACACCGCCCCUCAGCGAGACUCAUUGCUUAUUUACUGAGUUUGGUCUUAUGUCCAAUUAUUGUUUCUGUACCUAAUUCCUACCGUCUAUUCACAUCAUGGCCGGCCCCCAGCGGGCUACUUCUGGCCUUCCCACCAGGCGAACGACGACGCGACAGCCGACACGACGGGCGGGUUCUGCGAUACCAGAACGCCAGACAUCCACAGCAUCCCCAGCUGUAUCAACAAAAACGGCUGCCAUUAGUCGGACGCGCACAUUAAAAUCCCCGGGCGAACCGGCGAGCGUGCUCGCGAAGCGAAAGGAGAGGGACAUUGAGCGAGAAAUCAACGAAGAUACAAGCAUCCAUGUCGUCGUACGAUGUCGAGGCCGUAACGAGCGCGAAGUCAAGGAGAACAGCGGGGUUGUUUUGCAGACAGAGGGCGUGAAGGGUAAAACUGUGGAGUUGUCAAUGGGUCCAAAUGCAGUAUCAAACAAGACCUACACGUUCGAUAAAGUCUUCUCCGCGGCGGCAGACCAAAUUACGGUGUACGAGGAUGUAGUUCUGCCAAUUGUCACUGAGAUGCUUGCUGGAUACAAUUGCACCAUCUUCGCAUACGGACAAACCGGUACCGGAAAGACAUACACGAUGUCUGGAGAUAUGACGGAUACAUUGGGUAUAUUAUCCGACAAUGCUGGAAUUAUCCCCCGCGUUCUAUAUUCUCUAUUCGCCAAAUUAGCUGAUACAGAGAGUACGGUAAAAUGCUCCUUUAUCGAGCUUUACAACGAGGAACUCCGAGAUUUGCUCUCCGCGGAAGAGAACCCGAAGCUAAAGAUUUACGACAAUGAGCAGAAAAAAGGUCAUAUGAGCACACUCGUACAAGGCAUGGAGGAGACAUACAUCGAUUCCGCGACUGCAGGUAUCAAACUUCUCCAGCAAGGUAGCCAUAAGCGUCAAGUUGCUGCGACCAAGUGCAACGACCUGAGUUCACGAAGUCAUACCGUGUUCACCAUCACGGUGAAUAUCAAGCGGACUACAGAGUCUGGGGAGGAAUACGUGUGCCCUGGCAAGCUAAACCUGGUCGAUCUGGCUGGUAGCGAGAACAUUGGGCGGAGCGGUGCAGAAAAUAAGCGUGCAACUGAGGCUGGCUUAAUUAACAAGAGUCUGCUUACCCUUGGCCGCGUGAUCAAUGCCCUCGUCGACAAGAGCCAACACAUUCCCUAUAGAGAAUCUAAGCUCACGCGCUUACUUCAAGAUUCCCUCGGCGGACGAACCAAGACAUGCAUCAUAGCUACAAUCUCGCCUGCUAGAAGCAAUCUAGAGGAGACAAUUUCAACGCUGGACUAUGCUUUCAGAGCCAAGAAUAUCCGCAACAAGCCGCAAAUAAACUCUACCAUGCCUAAAAUGACGCUUCUCCGUGAAUUCACUGCCGAAAUUGAGAAACUAAAGGCGGAGUUGAUCGCGACCAGACAUCGUAACGGAGUGUACAUGUCAGUGGAAUCUUAUGAGGAAAUGAAGAUGGAAAACGAGUCACGAAGGAUUAUCAGUGAGGAGCAACGGGCCAAAAUCGAGUCGAUGGAGUCUAGCCUUCGCCAUAAGGUCCAAGAGUUACUCACUUUGACGAGCAAGUUCAACGACCUGAAGAAGGACAACGACGACACAUUGGCCGCUUUAUGCUCCACAAAUGAUGUCCUCCAACAGACCGACAUUGUCUUGCAGAACACCCGUGCCCAGCUUGAAGAGGAAGAGAUGCUGCGAUGUGCGCAUGAAGAGACUGAACACCAGCUCCAGGAUGUCGGCAAAGGACUUAUAUCAACCCUUGGCCAAACCGUUGAAGAUAUUAAUAGCCUACAAUCAAAGCUUGAUCGGAAAGCCGAGUUGGACGCUACCAAUGCGGAAUUAUGGAGAGCUUCCUCAACGGAGGUUUCAGAUGUCACGAAGCGGAUUGACCAGCGGGUUGAGGCUUUCCAGACGCGGCAUGCAAAGCUUCUCGAAACCACGUCUGUCAAAGUUAACGAGUUCAUUGCUACAGAGAUUUCUAACAUCGAGAGGACUCGGUCAGAUCUCUCCGAGUAUAACCGCUCGCUUGAUGCGGCAUGUAACAAUGCGAAGGCUGAGACAUCUAGUGCUCACGAAGACAUGAACAAUGUGCUUGAAGAAAUCAAAGAUCUGCGCGAGGAAGUCAAGUCUAAAGUAGGAGAGGGACUUAAUGGCCUCUCAGCUGCCGCAGCCCGGAUAUCGGAGGAGGUUAUUGGUGAAUUCACCCAACUUCACAGCCAACUGCACACAUCCUUCAAUAACCUUGGAAAAGACCUGAAAUCGAUCUUUGAGACGAUGGCCACGCAUCUUUCAGAGCAGAAGAACGAAAUAAACAGGCUACGGGCCGAGCUACAGAGCUCGAACCGCCAGAACAUAGAAACGACGCACAAGGCCUCCGCUCAUCUCGCUCAAGCGAUUGAAGAAGAACACGUCGCUGCGGAAGCGGAACGUGAGAUUUUAAUGUCACAGAUCAAAGCGCUGGUUGAGGAAUCUCGCCAGAAGCAAUUCGCCCGCCUCAGGGCCAAGAUUGACGGGGUCAGGACCGAGAUUUCAGCAUCAGGGGACAUGUUAGAGCAGGCCACAACUCAGCAUGACCGCCAGAUCGAUGAGUGGGUUUUCAAGUCUGAGCAAUUCGCUAAGGAUGUCAAUGCAUCGAAAGAUGAGAUCAGGACGAAGCUGCAAAAUGAUUGGGAGGCAUUUGAUCAGCGGAAUUCGACAAUCCGGAAGGCAACAGAAUCUGUCCAUAAGGAGACGGUACGCAUUGUUGACGUUCAAGUAGACGACAUGGGACGGCAAAUGGAAGCUCUGGACGAUUUCGUGGCAAAGGCACGAUCUCAGAAUGGUCGUUACCGUGAUGCGCAUAUUGCAACCCUGGAUACAAUAGCCACCGGUGUUCGCGACUCCUACUCCUCGAUUGAGGGGCGGGUUGAAAACUUGACUGGCCGGAUGAACCAGUUCCAACAAGAAGCAACCCAUCAUCAUGCCACUCUGGAAGAAUCCAUUGCUCCGCUAUCAAACGAUGUUAGGAAGCCCCUUACGGACUUGUCUUCCAGUUUUCAAAAUCGUUCUCUGGAGGAGUAUGUCGCCACUGGUGUCACCCCGAAGAAACGGAAGUACGACUAUAUUUCUGUCUUGCCUAGCACGGAGUCUCAUGAGGUCCUCAAGUCUCGCCUGAGAACAACAAAGGAGAUGGAAGUCCUUCCAUUCAACAGCGACGACCAGUUGUCCGGCCCUUCCAGCUCUCCCGGAGGUUCUCCGUCGAAAGGCUUCGUUUACAAUGACGUCGAGGACGAGGUAGGAACUCAUGCACCAACCGUGACCAACGUCAACCCUUCCAACACUGGACUUAGGGAAGUCGAUGCAAACGUCGCCGCAAGACCGCUCGUGUAUAGCACGGGCGAGAAAUCCACGGACCAGGAUGGUUCCCCAGUUGUCAGCCCGGAUAGCGCGACAGAAGCAGAAGGGAUGAACGGACCACCAUCCAAAAGGCGACGCUCAAAUUCAGUUGUUGCUGAUACUAAGUUGCCAAACAAGAUGCUCGCUAGGAGGAUGGCUGGCAUGAUGGAGGGGAGGGAAAACGUUCCGCCUCCUGGUAUUUCCAAUGGGCGCCGACUGAGGGGGCGACCUUCGCCCUGAUAUACUCUUCACUCGGACGAGUUGAUUUUCUCACCGCGAAGUAUACUUAUACCCUAUUGCUUUUCUCGAGGUCAUGGGUUUGGCGUUCUGGGAACAAUGAGAUCUGUAUCGGGCUUUUGAUAGAUCGCAUAUGAUACAUCGUCUUCGAAAGGGUUGGGUGCUUUUUUUUUUUUUGAUCGGAUUUGUUGGGCAUGUGUUUUUGGGUCCGGUGUGGGCUUCUCUUCUACCAACAUGAUGUCUGGCAUCCUUGAGAUACCUUUUUUGUUUAGCGGGCUACGUUUUGACCUAGAUACUUUUACCUAUCUCCGGG